AUGGCGCCUGCUGAACCCUUGACCGAUAAGCAUGCCGUAGGCGACCAGACUGAAGCUGAUGCGGUCUCCGUCAUUAGCGAUGAUGAAGACAUUGGAGACGACGCGCGGAAAGAUGUCCCGCUACCACCAGAAGUCAAACGCGGACCUGAAUAUGAGCCUUUCGAAACUCUUAAGCACAAAGCUUCACAGCUCAUCUUCGAUCUUUUUCCUGGUUACUGCGCCCGAGACGUAAAGAUCGAACGCAUGCAAGACGGAGAAAAGAAUCGCCUCCUCAGCGUCACGCUUUGCAAGAUCCCACCUAAAGCGCCAUGGUACACAACUCAGAGAAUUCUUGAAAUACUUCAGCCAUGUCUUACAGGUCGGCCGACACGUCAAAACAAGCGAAAGCGUCUUGUUCUUCGCAUACCACACAAUCCUGAUCAAUGCAUGCACCACCAAAGUGUCAUUUUAGCGUAUCUGGGCCUGAAACUCGAAAAUCCGGUCCCCAAGAUUGUCACCUUUGAUCCGACCGCACACAAUGCGCCUGGUAGAUCCUACAUGCUCCAAAAGCGGCUGCCUGGCCAACGCCUGGACGUCCUCUGGUCAAAGUUGAACCAAGCCCAACGACUUAGUGCCGUGCGAGCCAUCUCCACCAUCCUGCUAAAUGUAAGGAAGAUAAGGAACAAGUGCCCUGGUCCCAUCGGCAUCCGCAACACAACUUACGAUCUCAAACACGAUUUCGUCAGCACGGAGCCUGUACCCAUUCCCAGAAUCAAACAUACCACUGGCCAAGUGACCUUCAACGUCGCACGUUCAGAUCCGCAAAGCACGAAAGACUUCUUGCUCGAUCUAUGUGCUCGCCAGCGUGCAUAUUCGACUGCUGCGAAACAACCUGGUGGCAAAGAACUAUGGGUUAGGAUCGCCAAAGUGGUUGAGACAUUACAUGAGUCCGGCCUCAUCCCAGAUUCUUCACCGUUCCACUUCUACCAUGGCGACUUCCAUGCGCGCAAUCUUCUCGCCUCUGUCACUUCGGAGUCAGAAAUAGCGAUUACUGGAAUCGUAGGCUGGGAUUCCGCGCUAUUCGCGCCGGCUUUCAUGAGCACGCGCGCCCCGUUCUUCCUAUGGAGUGGCAAUAUGGGCAGCGAAGGCGAGGAAGGCGGUGCGUUGGUCGAACCGAAGGAGGCGGAUUUGUUGGAGGCUAAGCGCGCUUUUGAGGGUGUUGUGGGCGAGAGCUUCCUGAAGGAGGCGUACUCCCCAGCAUUGGUUCUCGCGCGCCGGUUGUGGCGUUUUCUGGUUAAUGGUUUCACGAAUGGUGCGGAUAUCUUUCUUGCGGAGGAGAUUGUGGACGAGUUCGAGAGUUCACAUUCAUCAGCGUAG